CUCAUUGGCUCCGAGAAGUGCCUGGAGAGGAUCGAGCAGAUGGUCAGUGAGGCCAAGACCAAGGCAGGAGCUGACCCCCAGGUCCCUCUCCGUGCCCUGGGGCUGUCCCUGAGUGGAGGGGACCAGAAGGAUGCCAUUGGGAAGCUGACAGAGGAGCUGCACCGGCGCUUCCCUCACCUGAGCCAGAGCUACUUCAUCACCACCGAUGCUGUGGGGGCCAUGGCCACAGCCACUGACCAUGGUGGCAUCGUGCUGAUCUCUGGGACAGGCUCCAACUGCAAACUCAUCAACCCUGACGGCUCCGAGACAGGCUGUGGCGGUUGGGGACACAUGAUGGGGGAUGAAGGCUCUGCAUACUGGAUUGCCCACCAGGCGGUGAAGAUGGUGUUUGACUGUAUGGACAACCUAGAGGUGCCACCACAUGACGUCAGCUACGUCAGGCAGGCCAUGUUCGACUACUUCCAG